GGCGGAUCUAAAUUUAAAUAGAUAUUUUAUUAGUCUUAUUAAAUCAUUUAUAUUAACAAAAAGGUGUGAAUAAAAUAAAUGACAACAACCAAUUCUCCAAAAGGAAAUGAAUAGACAACAAGUCUGCCCAACGAAGAUCUAGAAUACAAAACAUUUUUGUUCUUUCUGACCGACGCAAAUGAAAACAUUAAACAUGAAUCCCAGCAGUAAACGAGGCAGAAGUAAAGAUGGAGUUACCGUGCAGCGUUCUGAGUACAGCGACGACAUUCUACGCAACAACCGACACUCAGGAAAUCGUCUUAGAAAUGACCUCACUUACUACGACAGAGCUCAAAAAGUGAUUAUGAAAGACCUCGGGAAAGAGGCCGUUCAUUUACAGAGCAAACUGGAGAGUGACAGGAAAACGCUCGCACUUGGAUUGUAUGGUUCUCAAAUAAAUAAACCUGGACCGCCAUCAAGCAGGAAAUACACGCCGUCUUCAUCCAAUGUGUAUAAGCAAACACCGCGAUCAACCACUACGGCAGAAACCAAAUUUCCAUGGGAGAAAGACGCUGCUAACAAAGAGACAACUGCUGAUAGGGGCUCGUCUAAUAUUGAGUCCGCGCGGACAAAAAGUAGUGCGCGUAUGGCGCAUUUAUCUGGGUUAAGUGUAAAUAGACCACCGGCCGAUGAUUUUCUGACAAGCAUACUAAACGAAGCUAUGGCCGACGAACUCUUGUACACACAGAGUGUUGAAGCAUCGUCACCCUACAGAGUUGAAUCUACAUCGAAAACUCCGCGUUCCUCGCGUAGGAAGACGAAAACCCCAAGGUCGCGAAUGCUCCUUGAUCCUCGGGACUCAAUAGUAAACUCUCUGUCUAACGCUACAGUAGAAACGGAUGAAGUGAUUUAUUGA